AUGGCUGACAAAAAUCAAGCUAACAAUUCAACUAAACAUGCAGAGAUAAAUAUGAAUGGUAAUCUUAAACAACAGAUUAUUGAAUCUUCAGUGGCAUCAAUAACCAAAAAUAAAUCUAAUGAUGUCCUUCGUCAACUUGUUAAAGAUAUAAGAAAUAAAGAAAUGGUUAACGCAGUAGCGAGACUUGAUGCGUUUAAAAAAUUGGGAAAAUGUAAAUUGUUACAGUUAUAUGAAAUUCCCGAGCAACAAGGUGAAAGUCUGCUCCACUUAGCAAUCAAAACAAACAAUUUAGUGUUAGUUACAAAACUAUCAACUCUGUGUCCGGAUUUACUCCUUAUGGGUAGAGAGCAGUCAAGAGAGUUUAGAGGACAAACAGCACUACAUAUGGCUAUUGCCAAAGGUAACAAAAGAGCAGUUGAAGCCAUGCUAGAAGUUGGCAGUAACUCAACAAAUUUUAAUAUGUCAACUAUGCUGAACAUUUGUGCAACAGGAUCUCAGUUUGUUAAUACUGUUAUGAUGGGACAACUUCCUUUGACAGUAGCUGCGCUCGGAGGGGAUACAGAAAUCGUAGAUUUACUCAUAGAUAACAAAGCUGAUAUGCACGCUCAAAAAAAGGAUGACACAGUAUUUCAUUCGUUAGUGAAAUAUGCUGCAAUAUAUCCAGAAAAAGUUAUCGGCGUAAUUCAAAUGGUACGCCAUAUUCGUAAUAAAAUUAAAAGCGACUUUCAUGAAUAUUCAGAUAUAGAAAUGCAUCGCUAUACUCAUUCAUUUCUCUGGUUUCUGAGAAACAAAGACAACUUAACGCCUCUUCAGCUUGCGGCUAAGCACGGUGUGACUGAACUUUUCGAAGAAAUUCUUAACAUAAAGGAUGUCUACUGUUACAUCAGUGCUAACGAUGGAUUAUUUGACGUUAAAGAAUAUGAUAUAACGGAAAUAGAUACUGUCAGCAUUAUUCGCUUAUGGCAAAGCCAAAAACAACCGAACUCAAUAUCUCGAAAGAUUCAAGGCAUUUCAAGAAAUGUACCACAGUCAAAUGAAACAUCUUGCGCUGUUUGUUGUUCUUAUCCUGACACUGAAUGCUUUUUGGAAAUGCUAUUUAGACGAGAUUAUGACAGCAAAGAUGCGUAUCGCAUCAUUGAGCUACCUCCAGUUCAGUAUUUCAUUAAAAUGAAAUGGAGCACUUAUCAAUGGUUUUUCAUUUCAUGGAUGAUUCUCCACUAUGUUUUUAUGACAUUGUUAACCAUAUACAGCGUAUACAAUGUUGAGUUAGGUAUUCCAAGCCCGCAGGCUGGAAUGUACAUUGUGUUUCGGGGAACCGACAUAGAAGAAUUUUCGUCAUAUGAAAGUACGAUGAUGGCAAUGUUAAAACUUGGGAUCGGGAUCGACGAUAUAGGGGUGUUGAUUUCCGCGCGAAUUCCAUGGGCAGCUAUUACGAUCUUUAUUGUCUUUACCACCUUUACGUAUAUACUGAUGUUGAAUGCUUUGAUUGCAAUGAUGUCACAGACAUGUUCUAAUGUGUCAGAAGACCGAUUUCCUCUGUGGCGAAUCCAACAACUCUCUGUUAUUCUUGUUAUUGAAGAUAUUAUGUGUCUCUGUUGUUUUCAGAACAUUUUAUCAAGUGCAGGUAUAAAAAAGGAAGUUCGUGGGUUAGAUCCAAUAACAAAACAAAGAAAAUUCGACGAACGAUACUUUUUAGAAAUACAUUCCCUGCAGAUGGAGUAUGCCACUACAGAAGAAAAAAAUCGAGUACAAAAGAAAACGAAUGACCCACAUUAUUUUUCUAACGUUGUUGAUUGUGUAGUAGCAAACAAUAAACUGCAAAAUGAAAUUAGUUAA